GCUCUUUAUACUUGCUGCUGCACUUGCACUGGGAUGCUAACUCUGCCUGCAAUCUGUUACAAGUGCAGGACCAGUGCUUCCUCCUGUGGGUAUCCAGAACCUCUCAGGAUCAGGCCCUGAAUAACAAGAAUAUAAGCAGCCCCCGGGGCCCCAGCGGGGAGCGUCCCAACCUGCCUCCCGGCCGCUGGCGCUGACAGGCAGAAGGUUGGAGCAAGUCGGGGGUCGCCGCCGCUGCACCGCUGAGCUGUGCCGAGCUACCGAGCAGCCACCGGGGCGCGGGAGGCACCAUGCCGCCUCUGAAGGUCUGCAUCGUGGGCUCUGGGAACUGGGGGUCUGGUAUUGCGAAAAUUAUAGGCAAAAAUAUCCAGAAGUCUAACAGGUUUGAUCCUAUUGUGAAGAUGUGGGUGUUUGAAGAAAUCAUAAAUGGGAGGAAACUUACAGAGAUAAUAAACAAAGAGCAUGAAAACGUGAAGUAUCUUCCAGGACAUAAGUUACCUAAAAAUGUGGUGGCUGUUCCAGAUGUUGUCGAAGCAUCGACUGGGGCAGAUAUUUUCAUCUUUGUUAUACCCCAUCAAUUCAUUACACGAAUUUGUGACCAGAUUGCUAGUCACAUAAAACCUGGUGCAAUUGGCAUUUCACUGAUCAAGGGGGUUGAUGAGGGUGUUGAAGGCUUGAAGCUCAUAUCAGACAUCAUUCGAGAGAAACUGAAGAUAGACGUCAGCGUGCUCAUGGGAGCCAAUAUAGCUAAUGAAGUGGCUGAGGACAAGUUCUGUGAAACUACCAUUGGGUGCAAAAAUGAAAAGCAUGGGCAGAUCUUUAAAGAAUUAAUGCAGACCCCAAAUUUCAGGAUUACCGUGGUGGAUGACUGCGAUACAGUGGAAAUCUGCGGAGCCUUAAAAAACAUAGUAGCUGUAGGAGCCGGAUUCUGCGAUGGAUUGGACUUUGGCGAUAAUACAAAAGCAGCAGUUAUUCGUUUGGGUCUCAUGGAAAUGGUAGCCUUUGCAAAGCUAUUCUGCAGGGGUCCAGUAUCAAUAGCUACUUUCCUGGAGAGUUGUGGCGUUGCUGAUCUAAUCACUACAUGCUAUGGGGGACGCAACAGGAAAGUAGCGGAAGCCUUUGUGCGGACAGGAAAAUCAAUUGAGGAGCUGGAAAGAGAGAUGCUGAAUGGACAAAAGCUACAAGGUCCUCAGACUUCAGCUGAAGUCUACAAGAUCCUGAAACAGAAAAACAUGGUUGAGAAGUUUCCAUUGUUCUCAACUGUCUACCAGAUCUGCUAUGAGGGUAGGUUGGUCCAGGAAUUCAUUUCUUGUCUGCAGAAUCAUCCUGAACACAUGUAAGAAUUUCAAGUGGCUCAUCUGGUUGUGCAUUCAUCUCUUUUGGGCUUCUCUCCUCUUGGUAGCAAAUAAAAACAGCCAAAGUCGUCAUGUGGCACAACUUCCUGUAAAGGCAAAGCAGAUUUUUUUUUUGGUAAAGUCAGCCUGAAUAUUUCAAUAUUCUCUCCAAGGAAUGAGGAAGGAUACAGGAUUUAAUAACCUUAAUAUGGAUUUGACUUGAGGCUGAUUCUGAAAAGACCAACCCAAGAUAAUUAUUUUCUUUCCUGUUGAUUGUAAGUAGUCCCCAUACUCAGCUGCCCCUCAAACCACAUCAAAUCUGAUUCUCAUGCAUCUUAUCACUUUGCCGACUAAUAUUUCUCAUACAGAAAUGGUUCAAAGAUGCAUGUAAACUCAUGAAAAACACUGGAAAAAUAAAUGAAAAUUAACUUUUCCUUAAGAAAAACUACCUCUGCAUCAUCAAAUAAAGAAACAAGGGUAUUAUACAGUUCUCCUAAAAUACAACUGCAUUUCAAAAGCAAGGUGUCAAUGCAAUAUUUUACUCAAUUUGGUUUCCUAAUAGAAAACUCUUGUGAAAAAAUAUGAUUGUUAGUCUGUUCAAACAUGACUGACUGAACUGCUUCAUUUGUGUAUACUGAACAAGAUAAUGAAAACCUUAUCGCCGCAGCUUCCAAGUGUCCUGGUGAGAGAUUUUCAUUCAUUUAUUAAAGUACAAGGAAUUUGGAAGGACUAAGUAACACUAUGAAAUGCAUGUGUGUUUAGCAUCAGUAUUUCUCAACAUCUGAUGCCUAGUAAUUAUAAUUAAUCAAGAGAGUAAAAUAUAUCUAAGAUUGAAAAUUCAGAUCCACGGUUCACCCUCACCUAUAUUUUGUGCAAUGUUGUUGAUUUCAGUGGGGUUACAAGUGUGCAAAGAGGGUAGAAUUUGGCCAGGGAAGGUACAGCUCUUGAUGUUUCGCUGUUACACGCACAAACUAACUGCUAUAACCACACAGACUUCCUAUAUGUUUACACUGGUGAAUGAGUAUGGCUGCAUUUUAACUCUAGGUAGGAAACUCUACUAGAGGCAGUGCAAUUUCAUCCAUCAUGCAAUAGACAGCAAGCAUUACAAACACAGCUUUGCUCCUCCUAGAAGUUAAAUCAGCCAUCUCCAUCAUGCAUUCUACACUCAAAUAUCCUUACAUAACUUCUGAAUCUUAAUGACAUUAUGCUAACUUGUGCACCAAUAUUUUAAUUCGCCACAGUUGGCAGCCAAGUUUCAAGGCUGUAAUUUAACAUUUUAAACACUGUUUUGUAACUAUUUGGGUAACUUUGCACGUUUGAUGUUUUCCAGGGUUAAAAGCCUAUGAAUGAUUGUGGUACUUCAUUUUCCAGCCUUUCUUCAUUGAGAGAGGAUGGAACCUAUACUUUCUGCCGGUACUCCACAGACAUGCUAGGCCAUAAGUCACAGAACUAUAGAAUACUAAAAAUGGAAGGAACCUUGAAAGGUCGAGUCCAGACCCUGCCCUCAAGCACCAGCAUUCCUAACAGAUGCCUAUCUAACCUGCACUUAAAUAUCUCCAAUGAUGGCGAUUCUACAACCUCCCUAGGCAAUUUAUUCCAGUGUUUAACCACCCGACAGUUAGGUAAUUUUUCCUAAUGUCCAACCUAAAUCUCUCUUGCUGCCGUUUAAGCCCGUUGCUGCUUCUCCUAUGAUCAGAGAUCAAGGAGAGGAUUUUUUCUCCCUCCUCUUUGUAAAACCAUUUUAGAUACUUGAAAGCUAUCAUCAUGUCCCCCCUCAGUCUUUUCUUUUCCAUUCAGUCUUCCCUUACAGGUAAUGUUUUCUAGACUUUUAAUAGUUUUUGUUGUUCUAUGGACCUUCUCCAGUUUCUCCAUCUUUCUUGAAGCGUGGUGCCCAGAAUUGGACACAUUACUCCAAUUAAGACUUUAAUCAACACAGAGUAGAGCAGAAAAAUUACUUCUUGUCUUUUUCACAACACACUUUUUAAUCAAAUCAAACAUCAAAUGUGUAAAGUAACCAUUUUAUAAAUUCUCUAUACAAAGACUAUCAUAAAAAUAAUUUCUUGCACAUUUUACAAGAACCCUGUUAAAUUCUUGAUAUAAAGUUGUUUUGAUUAAAAUAUAGAACUGUGGAAAGAAGCCCAAAAUCUUGACCUUAACCAGGAUCAGGAAGCAACUCCAAUUAAUCUCAAUGGGAAGUGUAUGUCUAAAUCCUCUACUCAGCUUUGAAUACCUCAAGCUAAGUCUUUUCAAUACUGAAAGUAAAUAUGCUGUAUGAUUUCUAAAUGGAAGGCAUGAUUGUGGGUUUGAAGUUCUGGGCCCUUUCUUUGGUCUCCUUAGGCAAGCCAAACUCCAUUUGAAGUUGUUUUAUUAUAUAGCAUUUUCAGGGUUGACAAUGUACAUCAAGUCUGAGUUCAUAUAAGUAUAAGCGAUUAACUGCUAAAUUUAUAAGUAUUUGCUGUAAUUUCACUUUUUCAAAUGCACUGUUAAAAUAAUUGACAAUUCUAAUACACAAAUUACUUUCUCCUUG